AUGUAUUCAAUAAAAGAAAUAAUAUUCAUUCUUAUUUUUCUUCAAAAUUUUAUUAUUACAUCUUUAUCAAAAUCUGAAGGUACUUUAGUAAGUGACUAUGGCCGUAUUUCAAAUAUACCUAAUUAUCAUAUUCAUGUUACCAAUACUGUUAAACUUGCUGAUUGUAUUCGUCAAUGUGUUGAUUUUGCAAAAAACUAUAAAGAAUAUAUAGAUGAAGAUUGUUUUGCAUAUAAUUAUGAUAUCGAUAAGUAUACAUGUGAACUUAUACAUUCAACUGCACCAAUGAACUAUAUAGUUAGUUUUCAAACACGAUGGAAAACUGGUUUCAAAUAUUGA